CUCUAACUGACGUCACAGGAUCCGUUCCAACACGGAAACCGUAAUGGUGGGGGCUCGUCGUUUAGUCGGUACUGUUGUGAUGGUCUCUCCGGAUCUCUCAUCCUACUUCUAUCCACAACCUGGUAACACACGUUAAAUAAAACACGUCAAUCAUAAAGAAGACUUUAAUAAAAAAACAAAACAAAAAGUUCAACAAACGAAGCCCUGUGGCUGUGUAGACCAAAAUGGACGAUCGCUGGAGAAAAGUUGACAGAUAAUUCGACCACUUGUUCUUGUAAGGUUAAUUAACACGAUUCUUUGCGUUGAUCGAGAUUCCCGUUGGUAGAUCUACAACCAUGGGGAAGUUAACACGCUGUCUCCUCCUGCUGCUGUUGCUGCUGUCUUGGAAAGGAACCGACUUACAGGUGAAAUCAGUGAGUGUAACUCUACCAGAGUCUCUACUGUUUGUGUCUACUCUGGAUGGGAGUCUACAUGCUGUCUCCAAGCAGUCUGGAGACAUCAAAUGGACCCUCAAAGAAGAUCCCAUCAUUCAGGUGCCUGUCUACCUUACUGAGCCAGGGUUUCUCCCUGACCCCAACGAUGGCAGUCUCUACGUCCUGGGAGGAAAACACAAGGAAGGACUGAUGAAACUGCCCUUCACCAUCCCAGAGCUGGUCCAGUCUGCUCCCUGUAGGAGUUCUGAUGGAGUCCUUUACACUGGUAAGAAGCAGGAUGUAUGGUUCGUGGUGGACCCCCAGACAGGAGAGAAACAGACCAGUCUCUCCACAUCAUCAUCUGACUCCAUUUGUCCCAAUGCACCACUGCUGUACAUAGGAAGAACAGAGUACAUGAUAACGAUGUAUGAUACGAAGACACAGGAGCUGAGGUGGAACGCAACAUACAACGACUACUCUGCCCCGCCGUACGAUGAGAAACACGACUACAAGAUGGCCCAUCUCGUCUCCAGUGGUGAUGGGUUGGUGGUGACCGUAGACAGAGAGUCAGGUGACGUCCUGUGGAUGCAAAACUAUGGGUCACCUGUGGUGGGGGUGUACCUGUACAGCCAGGACUCUCUGAGACACGCCCCUCACCUGUCAGUUGCCAUGGAGACGCUGCGUUACCUCACCUUCUCGUCCCACGACACACACACCAUGAAGUGGAGCUACCAGUUUGUCACGGAGCAGGCCAGCACACACACACAGCUGGUGCCCACUCUGUAUGUGGGGAAGCUGGAUUCUCAUCUGUACGCCUCCACCUCCCUGGUUCACGACGGAGUCUCUCUAGUGCCGCGGGGCUUGACACUGGCGCGUAUCGAGGGACCGGAGACCGAGGAGGUGACGGUUAGAGAGGAGGGAGAGUGUGAGAUCAUCCCGUCUACCGACGUACGAUACCCGCCAGGCUCCACCAACACACUGAACAACCAGUGGCUCCUCAUAGGACACCAUGAGUUACCCCCGGUAGCCCACACCACUAUGUUGAGAGACUUCCCGGUAAACCUGCAGCGUUCCAGUGAUGCCGUUAUCCCGACCCGGUCUCAGAACAACCGCUAUACAGACCAUCCUUUCCAGUCAGUAGGUCAUGGUGGUGGAGGGGUCGUGGAACGGAUCCGCUGUAACACGACACGAUGGAGGGAGAGAGAGGUGGAGGUGGGGAAGAUCUCCUUCUGUCCAUCAGAGAUUCUGGGACAUGGAACAGAAGGAACCUUCGUCUUCCGGGGCCGUUUUGACGGCCGCCGCGUGGCUGUGAAGCGGAUCCUUCCAGAGUGUUUUGACGUUGCAGAGCGAGAGGUCCAGCUGCUCCGGGAAUCGGACGAACAUCCAAACGUCAUCAGAUACUACUGCACAGAGAGAGACAAACUGUUCACCUACAUCGCUAUAGAACUAUGUGCUGCUACGCUACAACAGUAUGUGGAAGAUCCGUCGUGCCACGCUGGUCUCAGCCCUGUCACUGUACUACAACAGACCAUGUGUGGUCUCAGCCACCUCCACUCACUAAACAUAGUCCACAGGGAUCUGAAGCCUCGUAACAUCCUGUUGUCUCAGCCAGGGCCCCUGGGGCGGGUGAGAGCGCUGAUAUCAGACUUCGGCCUGUGUAAAAAGAUCCCUGAGGGAAGGACUAGUUUCUCUCUCCGCUCGGGGAUACCGGGGACAGAGGGGUGGAUCGCCCCGGAAGUACUGCUGGACACACCGGGAAACAACCCGACCCGUUGUGACCAGGCAGUGGACGUGUUCUCGGCAGGCUGUGUGUUCUACUACGUGGUCAGUAGGGGGCAGCACCCGUUUGGUGACACGCUACGACGCCAAGCUAACAUCCUGACCGGGGAGUACUUCCUCACACACUUCCUGGAACACGUGCAUGAUGACGUCAUAGCGCGGGACCUGAUAGAGCGAAUGAUCAACAGCGAUCCAGAGUCCCGCCCCUCCACUUCAUCUAUUCUUAAACAUCCGUUCUUCUGGAGCCCUGAUAAGCAACUUCAGUUCUUCCAGGAUGUGAGUGACCGUAUAGAGAAGGAACCUACAGACAGCACCAUGGUGGUGAGGCUGGAGACGGCUGGCAGAGCUGUAGUACGAACCAACUGGAGAAUGCACAUCUCUGUUCCUCUGCAGACAGACCUGAGGAAGUUCAGGACGUAUAAAGGAAACUCAGUCAGAGACCUGCUCCGAGCCAUGAGAAAUAAGAAGCACCACUACCACGAGUUGCCAUCGGAGGUCCAGGAGACGUUAGGGGAGGUGCCUGAAGGCUUCGUUAGUUACUUCACCUCCCGGUUCCCGCGGUUACUGCUACACACACACACAGCGCUCAGCAGCUGUUCACACGAGAGACUUUUCCAACCCUACUACCUGCCCCCCACUGUUAAAUAACACACACACACACAGGAUAGGUCGCUGGUUCAAAUCCCCCAGCCGACUAAAGUGAAAAUCUGCUAAUGUGCACUUGAGCAAGGCACCUAACCACACUGGCUUCUGUACGUUGCUGUGGAUAAGAGUGUCUGCUAAAUGACUCCAAUUUCAAAGUGUAAAUUCACUUCUUGUAGUAGAGCCGGAAUGACUGCCUCAUGAAUAUUUAGAGACAGACUGUUGAAUGACUGCCUCAUGAAUAUUCAGAGACGGACUGUUGAAUGACUGCCUCAUGAAUAUUCAGAGACAGACUGUUGUAUGACUGCCUCAUGAAUAUUCAGAGACGGACUGUUGAAUAACUGCCUCAUGAAUAUUCAGAGACAGACUGUUGAAUGACUGCCUCAUGAAUAUUCUGAGACAGACUGUUGAAUGACUGCCUCAUGAAUAUUCAGAGACGGACUGUUGAAUGACUGCCUCAUGAAUAUUCAGAGAUGGACUGUUGAAUGACUGCCUCAUGAAUAUUCAGAGACGGACUGGUACACUCCAAGACAAAAGCUUUUUAAAUGCUGUAAAUGUUUUACUCGUAACUUACAAGAUGAACUGUUUUUAACUUUCACCUGCUCUGAUAGGAUAGUUUAAUACACUGCUCUGAUAGGAUAGUCUGAUAGGGUAGUUUAAUACACUGCUCUGAUAGGAUAGUUUAAUACACUGCUCUGAUAGGAUAGUUUAAUACACUGCUCUGAUAGGGUAGUUUAAUACACUGCUCUGAUAGGAUAGUUUAAUACACUGCUCCGAUAGGAUAGUCUGAUAGGAUAGUUUAAUACACUGCUCUGAUAGGAUAGUUUUAUACACUGCUCUGAUAGGGUAGUUUAAUACACUGCUCUGAUAGGAUAGUUUAAUACACUGCUCUGAUAGGAUAGUCUGAUAGGAUAGUUUAA